AUGAGAGCCCUCUGGUAUGAUGUCUUCAAGGAGGGCAAAUCACUUGCGGAUGCUCCUAAGGAGAUGCUAGCGGAGGAAAAUGCGCUGGCUUGGAAGUCAAACGUCGAAACUUGGAAUACUCGAUUUUUUCCUGUCAUCCAAGAAGACAGCGAGGACAUUGCAGGAGCCGUUGUGCACCUGACAGGGGUUGAGAACUACGAGUCCUUGGUGAAAUUUACGGCAAAUGUCCCGUGGAUCGUCCACGACUUUGCUGCCGGCGGAGUUUUUCCGUUUGGCAAUUUUGUCUCGGUGCAGAAGUUGUUUCAUCAAGACAACAAGUAUCGAGGCAUCGACCUGAUCAAGCGAGUCAAGCCAUUUGUCUCUUUUCCCACAAUCACGUGGUACGUGGUACUAUCCGCUAAACACACCUGGAGGGAAGAAUACGAGAAGCAAUUUGGCCUGGAUGAUGCUCUGCAAAGCUUUCGGUUACUCAAGGGUGACAUUGCCGAAGAAGUCUUUGAUCUCCAUGACCCAGAGCAAGGGAAGGUGAGCAAACAAGCAAUCUUCUCCCUACCAGUUCCGCCUUUGGUUAACAGCUUGAAAGAUCCUUCGCAUCAAAGCCAACGAUAG